CAAUCAUUUUUGUAUAAAUUUUGCAUAAUGCCUUCUGCUGCUAAAAGUAAAAAUACUGAAAACAACUCGUCCUCCUCCUCAAUAUUUGAAGCCCGUCUUUUAAAACUCACAGAGGAGGUCGAGGAAAUAAUCUCACACAAAAUGUUGGAAAACAUGGAUAAAAUAACUCGACUACGUGAACAACUAAAUUUUGAGCAUAACUGGAAACGUGAAUUUCAAGGAGUAAAAUUGGAGUAUUCGUUCAAAAAAUCAGAAAAUUCUAAAGAGGAUGGGAGAACAAAUGAGAAAAAUAUCACCAAUGAAAAUGGUAAAGAUGAGGCGUCUCAAAAUGCUGAUUUAUCUCAAUCUACCUCGAAACCUUCUGAAAAACAGGAUUCGAAAUCGGAUAACUCAAUUUCGAAAACUCGAGUUUCCAGUAAUCGAAAAAUCCUGACCCUCUUGGAAACUAUUCAACCUUACGUGAAUGACUUUGAAUCCACUUGGCACACACUCGGCACAUGGCUGGAGCUGCAAACAUCGCAACAUCAGACCGGAAGUAAUUUUGGAAAUGAGGUGAUCGCUGCAGUCUCAAAGCUAUUGGACACGUAUGACCAUCUUCGAUUUCUGGGAACACAAGAUUACUUUGAAGGAGGAUAAAAUUGACGACUGACCUGGAAAAAAAUGAGGGUUUAGAGGACGCAUUUUUUGCCGUGGAUAACUUCGAUUUUAAUUAUGCGAAAACAUUGAAUGAGACUCUGAUCAAAAUUGAAACUGCAUAUUUGGUAGCGUAUGAUUCUUGCACUAAAAAUUGGACCAUGCUCAGGUCGGAGGGUGCCCAAAAGCACUGUUUCAUGAAUUGAACUGAAUUCGUCACAAGACGCUGAGAAUUUUGUCAAAUGUCUUUCGUCCAACAAAAUUGUAUUGUUGGUUUAUGUAUGAACAUACAACAACUGAAUGCACACAAAUUUCUAAUGCUAAUUUUUAAGCGAUGCUAAUUUUUAAACAAAAUAAAAUGCUAAAGAAAAUUUUAAAAUGCAUCACAUUUGUGAGUAAAUAUUAAAUAUUGCAAAUAUUGUAAUAUUCAGAUGACGUU